AUGAUUGUGGGUGAGGAGAAAGAAGAGCAUGAAGAGACUGAGACUAAGCUCUUUUUUGAUGUGAUGUUGAUGGUCCUUGUAACCGGCAAAGAGAGAACUGAGAAAGAGUGGGCCGAGCUCUUCUAUGCCGCCGGUUUCUCAACCUAUAAGAUUACCGGAUUAAUAGGACUAAGAUCUAUAAUUGAGCGCCACCGCACGCCGCCAAGACUCAGCCGCGAGCUCCCAGCGAUUCCCUGCCUGCCCGCAUGCUGUCGUUCGACAUUCUCGCGCCUUGCCGCGCACGUCCAUCUGCCCGAAGACCUCGCGCUCCUAGUCUUCACAGGCAUAGAAAACACGCUGCACGCGCCUGACGUCCUCAACCCCUGCAGCGCAUGA